GAAGGCAGAUCCCGGCGCUGCCCGACGAGGCUCGCUCAGCGAGGAGUGUCCCUUCCUGAGCCAGGCAUGGAACAGCCUUGACCGGGCUUCCCGCGACGCGCCCGGAGAAUGGGACGGGACAGGCCACCGGGUGCAGAUCAAAAGAGAUGGACAGUCAUACUCUUUGGUGGGAUGCUGUUAACAAUACAACUUACAUUAGGAGCAGUGGAAAAGUCCUGCAACUGCAGCACAGAUAUCAGUUUCCAGAAAUUUAGGACCAAAUUGGUUCCUGAGAUAUGUUGUUUGAAUUUCACAAGGACUAAAAUUGAUACUUUGGACUGGAGCAUCUUUGCUGGAACUGUAGGCUUGAAAGAGCUGUACCUAUCAAACUGUGGUAUAUCACACAUUAAGAAUGUAAGUGUUGAUUCUUCUACCCUGGAGAUUCUGUACUUGGACCAUAACCAAUUAAAUUGGCUCCCAGAUCAUUUUCUGAGAUAUGCACCCAGCUUGCAUGUUGUUCACUUGGAGAGCAAUCAACUCCAGAAUUUAUCUGAGUCAUUUCUGGAAACAUCUAACCAAAUCCAGGAGAUCUACCUUGACUUCAAUAACUUAUCUUCCCUUCCUUCUGGGAUUUUCAAACCUUCUCUCCUCACUCUUGGUCUCUCUCACAACAAUUGGGACUGCACUUGCAAUUUCCUUGAACGUCUUGGAAAAUAUAUCCUUAAUUCAUUUGACAUUGUUUGUCACACCCCAGAACAUUACCAUGGCAUAAAUAUCAAAAACAUUUCCAAAACAGAAUUGUGCCAGAUUCAUAGACUCACAGCUCUGUUUGUUUGCCUACCUCUGGUCGCUGUUCUUGUCUUAGUCACUUGUUACUUUUGCAAGCACAAAAAGAAAAAGAAGAGAAAGACAGGCUAUGCUCUUCAUGGUAGGAAGGAAUGCCAGUUGGCUACAGUGGAGAAGAAUGGUACCAACAGAUCAGAUGAUCGUCAGUGCUCGAUCCCACAUGCCAUGCCUAUCCAUGGUGCUGCGGAGAAUGAGAAAAACAACUUGUUGAGAAACCAAAUUUUGCUUAAGCCUUCGACUGCACUAUUGGGUAGCAGCAGAGACCUUUACGAGGAAGUGGAGAUCAAACUGGGGGCUUCUGAUGAUUCCUUGGCAUGUAGAAGUCUUGACCAAGACAAAUUGGGAACCACAAAACCAGCUGUUGAAGAGGAAGGGAUGAUAGAUGGGGAGCCUGAAGCAGAGACAUUGAGUGUAACAGAUGUUUUGAGAGAUUCAGCAGACCGUGAGAAGCUCUACAUGAACCAGUCAGUAGAUUAUUACAACCUUGUUCCUGGGAUUGAGUUGGAGGACUCAGACCACAUGGAGAAUGAGAAUGUUAAUCUUUGCUGAGGCUGCUCGUCAGAAGAAUGUGACUCAACUGUGCAUUAAAUAAUAACCUUAAAUCGAUCUAUUAGAGGUGGAGGACCAACAACCCCAACUUACAUAAAAAAUGAGGACAUUUCAUGGCUUUUUUUUGUUUUGUUUCGUUUUGCAGGAAUAGGUAGCUGUGAAAGGGGACAUCCACUGUAAUUAAGCAUAGAAGAAAAGCAAUAUUAGGGUAUGGUAGAAUCUACCCUAGUUUGAAUACAGGGACUAUGUGGGCUGUCUAACUGCAGUUCCUUUCCAGCCCAUUAAUACUAUGCAUUUUAACUAUGUACUUUAUAGUUUCCAAUAAAAAUUAAUACUUCUCAUGAUUAGACUUUUCCUGAGAGGAAGGGCUCAAAAUAAAAACUGUCAAAACCUGAGGCUUGCCAACCCCUUAUGAAUAAGAAAGGGGGUGUCAUCUGGGACAAAAUGCUUUCAUUUCACUUUAAAAACAGCUUCCCAUUCAUUAAUUCUUAGCUCUCCCACAUAUAAUAUAUGUAUAAUAUAUUAUACAUAAUAAAAUUCUGCAUUAUUUUUCCUGCAUGACUUUUUCUAAGUCUACCUCCUGAAUUCUGAUGUUCUUGUAUCCUGACAUUUGUUCUUGCACAUGUGCUAAUCCCUCCAAUCAACCACUCUGCAUAUUUAGCUAUAUCAGUCCUGGAUUGUAUCUCCUAUUGUUGAAGAACUCCUAUUUCAGAUCCCUAUGCGGGUAGAGACACUGCCUCCUAGUGGAAAGGAUGGCAUAAACCCAUUUUCUUAAACCCAUUUUUAAAAAUAUUUCAAACUCUUAGCAUAUCCUCAUUUAAUUAACACAUUUUCUAACCUAUCUGAAAAAUACAAAAUUUCCUUCAGUUUGUUUUGCUUUCACAGUUUGGACACAUAUAGCUUGGCCUGUACAAAUUCCUGAAGGAGUCUUCUUUUGGCCACCUUUCAUGAUCCAUUCAUUGAGUACUGGAGAGAUUUCCAUAACACAGAAGUUAAAUGAAGGCUAAUGGAACAGAAAUAGAUUGUUGGUCCAAAUCAACAUGUGAAAUUUCAUGUAUGUGCUUGUGUAUGUGUGUACACACCCCUUAUUUCUUGUUUCAUAUGGCCUCUCUCAGGGAUGCCUUGAGAUUGUGCUGCAGCUGGCCCUCUUUCCCUUCUAUUUAUCUCUUCAAAAUACAACAACCCGGUCAGGGCCUAAACUUAACAACUUGUCCAGAACAAGCCCUCUCUCAUGUAACCCCAAUUGCUUAUCUUUUGUUUUUUUUUAAUCUCCUCUUCCUAAAUUUCUUCUUUCCUAAACUCCUGUUAAGCCCAUUGCUUGUUGUUGGAUUUCCUGCCCUCUUAGUUUGCUUGGCUUUGGGUCUCUUUCCUCUGCUCUGGUCUCUAGGACAUUUCUUAGUUUUUAAUCCCACUCAAAGGGGCAACUUUCCACUCCCUACAUGCAAACCCUUUAUUUCUCUAGCAGUUGCAAUAUCUGUGGCAUCACACCGUCUGAAUCAUUUAGUGCCAUGAACUUCACUGCUGUUAGCACAGUAAAAUGUAGGAUCUGUAUCAUAGUUAAUUAUGCUUCAAAACUAUAUUAUAUAAGACUCACAUUUACACAAGCACUGUUGCUGUAUUACUACAGUUUUGCAACUAAACAGUUCCAAGGUUAAGAACUGGUUCAAUCAAACAAUUUAGUUCAAAUCUAGAGGAAUGCUAUUUUUAUAAUUUUCUCAAUGCAUCUGAUAUUCACAAAAUCAGACAUACACACAUGCACACACACACACACCAGUAUGGUAGAGUAAUGCUCCAAAUAAUGAAGAGAGUCUGAUCGUUUAAAUCUGAACUGUAAGAAAUCAUUUGAUUCUGACGCACUUACUGUGAAGAUGGUGUGUGUGUGUGUGUGCAUAUAGAUUCAUGUGUAUGUUACCGUUUGUACUAAACUGUUUUAUCUGUUAUUGUACCUUGUCUCUCUCUCAAAAACAAACAAAAGAAUAUUACUAAAA